GCGCGGCGAUUGGUCAGCCCCGCAGCCCCGCCCCGCGGCAGGCACUGCGCACAAGAUGGCGGCGGCGGCCGUGAGGGGGCUCGGGGGCGGGCUGGGCCGCGGCCUGCGGGAGCUCCGCGUCCACCUGUGCCAGAGCUCGGCCGGCAGCCGCGGCGUCAGGGAGUUCAUCGAGCAGCACUACGUGGCCCUGAAGCAGGCCAACCCCGGCUUCCCCAUCCUCAUCCGCGAGUGCUCCGGCGUGCGGCCCCGCCUGUGGGCCCGGUACGAGUUUGGCAAGGAGAAAAGCGUGUCACUGGAUAACCUUUCCGUGGAUGAAGUAGCCAAGGCCUUGGAGAACAUUGUGAAAGGCAAGGUGUGAAGAUGGACACCACAUGUGCACGUGCUGAACGCUUUGCCAAUGAUCUUUAAUGUAAAAUGUGUCCUUAAUUUAUCAGUCAUAUAAACAUAUAUGCUUACCCAGA